GGCGGCGUUGCUAAGCAACUGAGCGGCAUUUCCAAACACUGCAGGCUAGAGGCUGCAGCGCCCCGCCUCGCAGUCGCCUUUCCCAGUCUCAGAGCGCCAUGGGCACCUCGGCAGAGAUGCAGGUGCGGUUCGGAAGGCGCUCUGGACAGGCGAAGGGAAGCACGGAAAUAAAGAACUCCAACGAAGAACAAGUUCUCUAUCCACCUCUUUUACCUAGCAAAGUAGAUCUCCGGCAGGUCACCAUAAUUCCACACAAUGAGUGGGAAAGGAUUCGAGAUAGCAUUGAUGGUAUGACAAGAAAAGCAGCAUGCCUUCGCGCAGAAAGAAAGGCAAAGAAAGAAAUGCAUCUCCGAUCCCAAGAAGUGGUAAAACAUUGGGCUCGAACAUAUGCAGGGAUAAAAGAACAAAAACUUAAAGCCAAAAAGAAGCGCGACGAAGAAAUAGAGGCCGAAAGACAAAUUCUUGACCUGGAAGAAGCGAUAUACAAACAAGGAGAAAGAAGAAAGGCCAUUGAACAUGCAAAGCAAUAUCAAUUUUACCAGACAGAAAGGCUGAAAAACUUCCAUUCAGGACUUCUUCUUAGUAGAGUGAUGAAAGAACGCGACGCUCAGAUUGAAUCCCAAAAGAGUAGAAUAAAAUCUGAUAAAAAAUGGGAGGAACAACUGAAACUCAACAUUGAGAAAGCCCUCGAGGAAGAACGGGAGAAAGCGGGGAAACAGCGCAGAGACAGAAUAGCUCUCGCCAAUGAUCACUUAAAACAAAUAAAGGAACAUGAAGAGGAAGAAGAAAGGAGGAGAAAAUCUGAAGAAAAUGAUGCUGAGGAAAUAAAGCGACAGAAUGCAUUAUAUGAAAUAGAAAUGAGAAAAAAACUAGAAAAGAAAAAUAAAGAGAUAAAGGAAAGGAGGAAACUAUUUUUUGAACAUAUGAAUGAUAAAAAUAUCAUCAAAGCUGUAGAACAGCAGCAGCAAGAGGAGGAAGAUGAAAAGAUUAGAAAAUUUAUCAAAACAAAAAAGCGCCUUAUACAAAUGAGGAAAGAAAAAGAAGCUGAAACACACAGGCUAAUGGAGGAACGUAGAAUAAGAAUAAAUAACUUCCUGAGUGAAAUAAUAAAACAGAAACUUGACAAUGAAGAUAUGAUUCUUGCUAGAAAUAGUGAAGAAGUUGAGGCUGAAUGGGAAAAAAGAGAAAGAGAUAAAUAUGAAAAAAAUAAAGCAGAAUUAAAAGCGAUUGAAGAAUAUAGAGUCUUUGCGAUGAAAAACAAAGCAGAAGAAGAAAGACAAAGAAAAAUUGAGGAUAAAGAACAUUUGCUGGCUGUCAUGAAAGCGGACCAGAUUUUCUAUGAGCAUGAAAAGGAGAAAAAACGCAAAAGUGAUAAAGAACGUCUUGAAGUUCAAGAUGCCCAUAUUCAGCAAAUGGCCAAAAAUAAGUUUAAUGCAAAACAAGCAAAAGAAGACCAUCUGGAGUACUGCAGACUUACUGAAGAACUUAUGGCUGGAAAGGAGAAACAAUUUCAAGAUUAUGCCAGGGAAGUAAUUAAAUUUGAGUCUGAAUCAACAAAUAAACAUAUUUAUCCUCUUGUAAAAUCUUUACAGAGAGGACCUGGAGGUGGCCAUGGACCAGUUCUUACAAACAGAGGUGGAUUAAGACCUAGCUAUCAGACAAAUGAUUUCACUGGAGUCCAGCUCCCUUCUUAUAAUUUGCAGGGAUCAAAAUAUAAUAAUUUUCAAAAGUCUAAGGGAAGGCUAGGUUUUACAUUGUAGGAAAAAGUUUGUUUGAGAGACUAAAUUGUAGCCAAUACUAUAAGCUCCAAAUGUAAGUGAAUUACUUGCUUAUAAUUUAAUAAAGCUGUUCUUCAUCUCAGUACAAUUAUGUUGGAUCUUCACCAUUGAAGGUUAAUUCAUUUUUGAUAAAAAAUAUAUACACA